UUCACAAUCUGCAUUGGCUUCCGCUUCCCUGCCCACGCGGGCGAAGCCGGCUCGCCGAUUGGAGGGCGGAGAAUUGGGAAGGCGGGUCUUUCGGGGCUGGGAGUGACGGGCGUCUGUGGAGGCAGCGGAGCGUCCUCAGUCCUGUCUCUGAGGUUCAGAGAAAAUGACUGCAAUCAAGCAUGCCUUACAGAGGGAUAUUUUUACUCCAAAUGAUGAACGUUUAUUAAGCAUUGUCAAUGUUUGCAAAGCAGGGAAAAAGAAGAGAAACUGCUUCCUAUGUGCAACAGUGACAACGGAACGCCCAGUGCAGGUGAAUGUGGUAAAGGUGAAAAAAUCUGAUAAGGGAGACUUCUACAAGAGGCAGACUGCAUGGCUACUUCGAGAUCUUGCUGUUGUGGAUGCCAAGGAUGCCAUCAAAGAAAGUCCUGAAUUUGAUCUCCAUUUUGACAAAAUAUACAAAUGGGUUGCUAGCAGUAUAGCAGAAAAGAAUAUUUUCAUUUCCUGUAUUUGGAAACUCAACCAGCGUUAUAUCAGAAAAAAGAUUGACUUCAUCAAUGUUAGUGCUCAGCUUCUAGAAGAACUUCCUAAAGUCGCUGAAGAAUCGGUUCCAAGUGGAGAGAACCAGAAUGUGGCAGGAGGGGAUGAAGAAGUGGUGGAUGAAUAUCAAGAGUUGAAUGCCAGAGAAGAGCAAGACAUUGAGAUAAUGAUGGAAGGCUGUGAAUAUGCCAUCUCUAAUGCAGAAGCCUUUGCGGAUAAAUUAUCCAGAGAGCUGCAAGUUCUAGAUGGGGCAAAUAUCCAAUCGAUCAUGGCCUCUGAGAAACAGGUGAACAUUCUUAUGCAGUUGCUCGAUGAGGCACUAAAAGAGGUGGACCAAAUUGAAGUGAAGCUGAGCAGUUAUGAGGAAAUGCUGCAGAGUGUAAAAGAACAAAUGGAUCAGAUUUCUGAAAGCAACCAUCUAAUUCAUCUCAGCAACACUAACAAUGUGAAAUUGUUGUCGGAAAUAGAGUUCCUUGUUAACCAUAUGGAUUUGGCAAAGGGUCACAUCAAGGCCCUCCAAGAAGGAGACCUUUCAUCCUCUCGUGGCAUCGAAGCCUGCACCAAUGCAGCAGAUGCUCUCUUACAAUGUAUGAAUGUUGCUCUUCAGCCAGGGCAUGAGAUGCUUCAUGCUGUCACGCAGCAGCAGCAGCGCUUUACUGACCUGCGUGAGCAGUUUGCACGGAGACUGGCGAGUCAUCUCAACAAUGUAUUCGUUCAACAGUUUAUAGAGCUGGAGAAGGGUCUCAGUAACAGGUCCUACUAUCUUUCAGUUUCUGGUCACGACCAAAGUUCCACUCUUGCUCAACAUUCCAUUGAGCUGACAUUGCCCAACCAUCAUCCCUUCCACAGGGACUUGCUCCGAUAUGCCAAACUUAUGGAGUGGUUAAAGAACACGGAUUAUGGAAAAUAUGAAGGGCUAACAAAGAACUAUAUGGAUUACUUAUCCCGAUUGUAUGACAGGGAAAUCAAGGAUUUCUUUGAGGUUGCCAAGAUUAAAAUGACAGGUGCAACCAAAGAAGGAAAGAAGUUUGCUACACUGCCACGAAAAGAAAGUGCUGUCAAACAGGAAACUGAGAGCCUUCAUGGAAGCUCUGGGAAGCUGACAGGUUCAACUUCUAGCUUAAAUAAGCUUACAGUUCAGAGUUCAGGAAAUCGCAGGUCUCAGUCAUCUUCUUUGCUGGACAUGGGGAACAUGUCUGCUUCGGACCUUGAUGUGGCUGACAGAUCUAAGUUUGAUAAGAUUUUCGAACAAGUCCUAAGUCAACUAGAGCCACUGUGUUUGGCAGAACAAGACUUUAUAAGUAAAUUCUUCAAACUUCAACAACACCUUAGCAUUCCUGGAACCCCAGUGAGUGAUGCUGAGGAAGUGGAUGGAGGAACUCUAUCAAGAGUUCACAGUGGCCCACAGUCAAUAUCUUCUGAGAAUCACAUGAUCCGACAGAUGAUGACAAAAAUAUUUCGGUGUGUUGAGCCAGAAUUAAAUAAUCUUAUUGCUCUGGGAGACAAGAUUGAUAGCUUUAAUUCCCUUUAUAUGCUUGUGAAAAUGAGCCACCAUGUAUGGACAGCACAAAAUGUGGAUCCAACUUCCUUCCUCAGCACAACACUGGGAAAUGUUCUAGUGACUGUCAAAAGGAACUUUGACAAGUGCAUAAGCAACCAGAUAAAACAGAUGGAAGAUGUAAAGAUAUCUAAGAAAAGUAAAGUUGGAAUUCUUCCCUUUGUUGCUGAAUUUGAAGAGUUUGCAGCACUAGCUGAGUCUAUUUUCAAAAAUGCUGAACGCAGAGGAGAUCUUGAUAAAGCCUACCUGAAACUUAUUAGAGGAGUUUUCACUAAUGUGGAGAAAGUAGCAAAUGAAAGUCAAAAGACACCACGGGAUGUGGUCAUGAUGGAGAAUUUUCACCAUAUCUUUGCAACACUCUCUCGGUUGAAAAUCUCAUGCCUGGAUACUGAGAAAAAAGAAGCUAAGCAAAAAUACACAGAUCAUCUGCAGUCGUAUGUAAUCUAUUCCUUGGGGCAGCCACUUGAAAAACUAAAUCAUUUUUUCGAAGGCGUGGAAGCUCGUGUGGCACAAGGUGUGAGAGAAGAGGAAGUGAGCUACCAGUUGGCUUUCAAUAAGCAAGAGCUGAGAAAAGUUAUAAAGGAGUAUCCUGGCAAGGAAGUGAAAAAGGGGUUGGAUAACCUUUACAGGAAGGUGGACAAACACCUUUGUGAAGAAGAAAACCUACUUCAGGUGGUGUGGCACUCUAUGCAAGAUGAGUUCAUACGGCAGUAUAAGCAUUUUGAAGGCUUAAUAGCACGUUGCUACCCUGGAUCUGGAAUUACUAUGGAGUUCACUAUCCAAGACAUUUUGGACUACUUCUCCAGCAUUGCACAGUCUCACUGAUAACUGCCAAGCAAGAUAAGCUGGCAAGGUUUCUGAGAAGAAUGUUUGACACUGGAGAUAUUGUUGCUUUGAGAGUUGCCAUUAUAAAGGGGCGUCUGUAAAUGCACUCAUCCUAUUAACCAGUGGCCUAAGCCAAAAUGCUAAUUACUGGAUUUUUUUAAAGUGCAAAAUUGUACAUUUUCAUAUAUAGUACAAUCUUGGUAGUUUUACUUUCCACAGGAUAUUAUUAGUUCUGUAUAUUUCUAGUAUACCACACUCUAUGCUUUCCUAUUCAACUGUAGUUCCUAGAAAUUUUGCCAUUUUAAAGUUGUUGUAAACAGCUAGAGGAGAAGUACUGUAUCAAAGCAUGUUAAUAUAUUGAUGGUUAGGAUAUCCAAGCAUAUGCUCUUCAGAAUAACUUUACAUGACCGUUGUUGUAAUUAUUCUGAAGUAAAAGAAACUACAUCCAUAUCCUGUGGAAGAUUGUUAGUUGUGCUUGAGCAUUUCACAAAAGAAAGUUGACAACUGUUUAUCUGGUGAGACAUCCAAAGAUUGUGUUCAUACUUUUACUGUUAAUAGAAGGAUGCUAUUGGAAGCUUCCUUUGAAACACUGAAAUAACUUAUGGGGGAAAAACAAUAAAAUGCUACAAUUCACAA